AAUCUUGAGUUUAAAAAUAACAAAAAUACUGAAUGAUGAACAUAAAAAGUGGUUUUAUGAGAUUCAAUGCAAGAAAAUACUCUCUCAGAAGCUAUUUCAUUGGAAGAUGUUUGAGCUCUGCACCAAGAGCAAUAGCUCAUAAAAACUGUGGCCACUUGAUAGAGAGGUACCUGUCCAGUUCUCUGCUGUCAAUAGGCAUAUCUUCUGAUAGAAGGUGCACCAGCCUCGAUUCGAGGUCGAACACAAGCCAGAGAAGAAGAUAUCAGCUGAGGUUUUACAGCUCCGAAGCUGAUGUACAAAAUGCAGGUGGCGAUAAAGAGAAUAAGACUGAAGAAACGAGGCCAUCUCAAUUUUCAAGGCAAGGAGAAAUAAUUAGGGAUGAGUACUUGAGGAAGAUUGUUCCAUGGGAGAAAAUACCUGUCUCAUUUGACAAUUUUCCUUAUUACAUUGAUGAUAAAACUAAAUGUCUCCUCGUGGAAUGCGUGGCCUCACAUUUGAAACAGCAGAAACUCAGACAAUAUGGAAGUAGCUUGUCACAUUCAAGUAACAGAAUUCAGCUUCAGAGUAUUCCAGGUACGGAUCUGUACCGAGAGAGAGUGGUGAGUGCAGUGGCUCGGGAGUUGCAGGUUCCACUAUUGAAGCUUGAUAGCAGUGUAUGCCGGCUUACAAGUGAAGGUUUUGGAAAUUGGCGGCUUAAGAAAGGGGACAGAGUUAAGUACGUCGGAAAAAGAAGUUCCAUUGAAGAAGUGAACAACAGGAUAUUGUCUUCUGGUGAUCGAGGGGAGGUGCACGAAGUAAAAGGCAACAAAGUAGCAGUAAUCUUCAAUGUUUGCGGUCUGGAUAGAAACGAAGAAUUCAAGGAUGAGAAAAGCACAGAAACAACAGCAAAACAAGCACUAACUUGGCUUGAUGCAAAAGAUGUCAAACAUGAUGUUGCUCAAAUGCAUGAGUGCUUCAUUGCUAUGGAAUUGCUAUAUGAGGUGUUAGAGUCUGAGCAACCAAUUGUUGUCUAUUUUCCGGAUUCUUUCUUUUCAAAUGUAUGGGAAGGUUCAAAGUCAGAUCGUUCCACAUUUGUAAAUAAAGCGCAAAAGUUGUUUGGAAAAUUAUCAGGUCGCGUGGUUUUGAUCUGCGGGCAAAACAACAGCGAAGCUGGAUCAGAAGUUAUCAAGAAUUUCCCUGAUUCUUUGAAGAAAUAUAUUACGAAGUUAGAGGAAGCUACAGUUUCAGAUCAUCGAAUGAACAAGCUAUUCAAUAAUGUCAUGCUCAUAAAACCACCAAAGGUUGAAGGUUUGGAUGCGUUUAUCAAACAGAUGGAAGAAGACAGGAAAACUGUGGCAUCACAACGCAACUUAAGUUUAAUCCAUCAGGUGCUCGAGGAGAACAGGCUAUUAUGCACGGACUUGGAGCAAGAAAACACCACAGAUAUGGUGUUGACAAGAGAAGAAGUAGAGAAGAUUGUUUCUUGGGCUACAAACCAUUACCUAUCAUCAUGCCCCUUUCCUUGUGUUAAGGAGGAUUUAUUGCAUAUCCCUCGUGAGAGCCUUAAACUUGCGAUUUUGAGGUUUAAAGAAGAGCAACAACCAUCCCCAUCUUGUAGGAAGAUGGAGGAAGUUGCAAAAGACCAUGAGAGAGAUCUUGUUUCAGCAGUAGUUAGUGCAGCUGAUAUUGGUGUCAAGUUUGAUGAUGUUGGCGCCCUCGAACAUGUGAAGAAAACACUAUAUGAAACUGUGAUUCUCCCAUUGAAGAGGCCUGAGCUUUUCUCCCAUGGAAAUCUGGGAAAGCCUUGCAAAGGAGUACUGCUUUUCGGGCCUCCUGGGACGGGAAAGACACUAAUGGCAAAGGCUCUUGCGACCGAAGCAGGGGCUAAUUUCAUCAAUGUUACCACUGCAACUCUAACUAAUAUGUGGCUGGGAGAGACCGAAAGGCUUGUGAGGGCACUCUUCUCCAUUGCCAGAAAGCUGAGUCCUACAAUAAUAUUUGUGGAUGAGGUUGACAGUUUGCUCGGAAAUCGUGACCAUAGUAGUGUGCAUACUAAGAGUAGAUUGAAUGAGUUUAUGGCAGCUUGGGACGGUUUGAUCUCGAAAGACAGUGAGAGAAUUCUAGUGAUGGGAGCCACAAAUAGGCCAUUUGAUUUAGAUGAUGCUGUUCUUCGCCGCAUGCCAAGAAGGAUUUAUGUGGGGUUACCAGAUGCAGAGAAUCGUUGCAAGAUACUCAAGAUUCUUCUAAGUAAAGAAAAUGUAGAAGCAGAUUUCAGUGUGGAGCAACUUGCAGAGGCCACUGAAGGUUACUCAGGGGAUGAUCUAAAGAACCUCUGCGUUGCUGCAGCAUUUAGACCUGUCCAUGAAUUACUCCAACGAGAAACCAAGGGUGAGAAGUGUGAUGGAGGUCCAGCACUUAGACCACUCAACAUAGACGACUAUAUUCUUUCAAAAUCCAAGGUGAGACCAUCAAAUUCGUCCGAUGCAAGUAGCAUUAAGCAGCUGGAAGAAUGGAACAACAAAUAUGGUGAAGGAGAAAGCCAAGCCCUUUGAAUUAAUAAUUUAAAUUUAGUUUUAUCAUUUAUUUUUAAAAACAAAGUUAUUGCAUAUGCUGAUUAGGAUCUUUUCAAUCAUUUCCAUAUUCGAUGCAUAAGUUAAGAUAACACAUUUAUAACUUGUAUAUAUAUAUAUUUUUGUUCA